CUGCGGGAGGCGAUCAAACGUUCCAUGCUGCGCGCAGCCGCCGCGGCGCCCGGCUGCUGGAGCUGCCCGCACGGAGCAAAGCGAUAUCUGUUAACAGAUGAUGUUAUACGAUUGCAAGAAUUUCAGCAGAAGAAGGUGGCGACUGAACAUAAAAUUUAUGGUGAUAAAGAUUCAUAUUUUAGAAAUAUUGAAGAAAAAUUGAAGAAAAAUGGAAUGAUCCUCAAAGAGGAAUUAAAAACAUUACUGCAUUUGUGCCAGACACCAGAUGAUCUGGAAAUAGCUAAAAAUGUUAUUUACAGGUACCAUGCAGAGAACAGAAAUGUGGCCUUUGGUGAUUUUAAAUUUGGACCUCUUUUUAUGAGGCUGUGUUAUGAGCUGGACCUUGACGUACCUGCAUUAGAGCUCCUCAAAGAUCAGACUCUGCAUGGCUUCUUCUCUGAUAGCACAUCAUUCAAUAUUUUGAUGGAUAUGUUGUUUAAAAAAGGUCAUUAUGAAAGUGCCUUGGAAGUGCUGGUAGAAAUGAAAAAACAACAUGUAAAAUUCAUCAAAGACACCUAUCUACUUGCAUUUGCAGUAUGCUACAAACUGAACAGCCCAGAGUCUUGCAAAAUCUGCACAAACUUACUUGAAGAGGCUCAGUUAAAAAGGGAGAGCAUGCCAAAACGAGCAUACUGCUUUGCUGUUGCGUUUGCUCUGAAACAGAAUGAUGUGGUGAAAGCCCAGUCUUUAUAUUCUCAGAUCAUGAACAGAGAGAACAGACUGUGCUGUAAUCUUAAUAUUCUUAUACAAGCCAAGUCUGGGGCACUAGAAGAUCUUCUGCAGACAUUGGAAGCAGCACUGGAUAUGGGUAAUUCCCGCUUAGUGAAAAGAACUGAGUUUUCUGAGCAGGUGCUGGCUACAGUCAGGCAAGAGUUGGAGGAAAACUCUGUUUUUCGUGCCAGAUUAGAAGAUAUCUGUGCCAAGCUGCAAGCAUCAGGACAGGCACUAGAUAAAUGAUGGAAUUUGCAGCUGUAAUGGUUGAUACUCCGGCUCUAUCAGGCAUUAUGUAUUGUUAAAAUAACUAAAAUUCUUUUUUGCACAGUAUAGAAUGAAAGAAGAAAAUCUAUUUGCUCCUGUCUUCCAGUAGUUGCUUAGAACUGUGACACAGGAUACCACAGAGGGCGCUCCAGUUCAUACUUUCUAACAAUAUAAAUGACUGAUUAAAAAUUUACGUUUUUAAUUAAUGAGAUUAUGUGCAAGGCAGUAACAAAAUGAAGUGUUGAAGCAGCACAGGCUUAUUUAAACUACCUGAAAUUGAGGAUUUAAUUGAUAGAGUUGAUGCCAAUAAACAAACAAAAAGAUUACUAAGUCUAGACAUUCAUGGCAUUUAAUUGGAAAAUGGCCUCAAUAAAUUUACUGAAGCAAAAUAAUCGUUGAUAUUACUUCAUGACAGAAAGUGGUGGAAGCAAUCUGAAUGGCAUGCAUAAGAAGAUAACUGCCCGUAAUCAAAGAGAAGGGAAUAAUAUAUAAUAUUUUAAUUAGGAGAAUAAAAGAAAAAGAAAAUUUCCAAUUUUUUUUAUUGCAAAUCACCAAAUUUUAAAAAGUUUCUUUUAGGGUCAGACACACCAACACCAUAUUGAUGACCAAAUUUGAUACCCCUCCAAGUUGUACCGGAUAUUAAUAUUCAUUUAUUUUUCACAAUGAUACAAGGUGUGCACCUGUGAUGUCUUCUAAAAAAAAUUCUUUUCAUUCUGUAUGUUCUGUCAUUUCCACUUCGGUUUAAUAUCUUUUUAGUGCUUUUUUUUUCUCCCUCCCAAAAAAUAAUUUCCCAUUAUUUUCCUUCCCAAUAAAGCCCUUAUUUGUUAUGUUACUGAUAGGAGAAAAGGAAUGGCCCCAGGCCUCAAAAAAUGUCUACAUUCUGUUGUGUGUAAGGUCUGAGUCUAGUUUAAAUAACUUGAAAAAACCUCAGAUUUUUGUAGUAUUGCUUAAGGUAGGUAUGGACCAUGAUACAGAUGACCAGUGCUAUUCUGUUUAAUUUUUUUUUAAUUAAAGCUGAGAGGUUCAGGAUCUGGUAAUUGCCUGACUCCAAGAGCUGAGCCAUUAAGAAAACCCAGUUUUUGAGCUCUGUUGUCAGCAUGGCUCCCAUUGUAGAUGUGCCUGUUAUUUGUGAAUAACUAUAUUUUUGGGGGCCGUGCUUCUCCCAUGCUAGAGUAUAAAGGAUGGACUAGCCGUGACCCUUUCUCAGUUUCCUUUUGCUACUCAGAGUAGAAAAAUGUAACCUGGCCAAAGCCCAGCAUGCUUCUUUUCUUUGAGCUUCAAACUCACCUUUUACACUAGUUGACUACAUCAUUCUUCACCCUCCUUCUCUUUUUGUUAAUUUUCUUUGACAACCCAAAACAUAAAAAGAUGCUCCCCACCCAUGCAUGCCACCUAUUACAGUGGGGCUAAUCCAUCUAUUUGUAUGGAUUCUAAUCUUUCUGGGUCUAAGCUGUUUGAGGUCCAAAUAAUUCAUUCCCCUGGUCAGUAGGCAUUGCCAAUGUCUCUUCUUUCCAAGGGAGAACUUGGUUCAAGUAAACAUUCUGUAGUGGGAGAAUUGGUGAUGCAAACUUGAACAAAUUUUGAAAGUUGAUAAUAAAAGAGUGGAUAAAUACAGUGAAUAUAUUGUACUCCAGCAGAACUGAGGCCUAAAUUGUAGUGUAUGUUAACACUCCCUUGUAAGUAAUAUUUACAUAUAACUUACAUACUGUACGUUACAUAUAACUUACAAUGGCUCAUGGUGUAAAGAGACCUUAGUCUGAAUAAGAAUCAAAAUGUUAGGAUUUUUCAGUUUUGGUUUGGUAACUAUUUAAUCACUGUAAGUAAAGGACCCAAUCCUGGGAUGUGUUGCAUAUAAGCAGAGCUCUAUUGAAGUAAAUGGCGUUAAUAGGGCUUUACUCAGGUGCAGUGGUCUGCCCAUGUACAAUAGUAUAGCCAGGCCUGGGGUAAGAAAGCCUGCUCAGUGUAAUGUGUUAAACUAGAAAGUCUGCUCAGUGUAAUGUGCUAAACUAGAAACAGGAAACUAGUUCGCAUAAUUUCACUUUACCUAAUUUAAAAAAAAAGUUCCUAAUACAUGAAGUUAGGAGUAUAACUUCUCAGAAAUGUCUCCUUGCUAUUCCUUAAAAACAUCACCUCAAUGGCAAAAAAAGGAGAAAUAAAAGGUGUAGACUUAGGGAAGAACUUCUUCUUUAUGUUUAAAGUUUUAUCAGUUCUCACAUCAGAAUGACAGAAAAAGAGAACUAUACUGGAGAAAGGAUGAUACAUGUACAAAAUAGCAUUAGUGGUAAAGUACUUUCAGGGGAAAUUCAGACCACAGAAUCUGUUCUGCUCUACUUUUACUACCCUUUGUAGAGGUUUAAUUUUGUAAGUGUUGACACAUGCAAGCUUUCAUGCCACAAAUAUCUGGUAAAAUACAAUUACUGUCUAUAUUUAAAAGAAUCUGUUGUGUCUAUUUGGCUCUAAACAUUUAGUAGCAGUCACAGAAGUGAAAACAGAUUUGCAGAAUAAACCACAACACAAGGCUACACAAUUAUUCUCCAUCACACUGGCUCUGAGAAUGCCGACAAGUGUUUCCACAAAUGCUGGGUUUGAUCCUGCUAAGCCCCUUCUACUACUAUUGACAUCAAUGGGAAUUGCUCACUGUCUCACAGAAUCUGACCCACGUUGUCCAGUCUCCUGACUGAAGUCAGCAGGAUUACUUUGCAUUUACAUGAGUCUUAUUUUGAGCAGAGUGUUAUUAGUCCAAUGUAAGGCAUCUUGCCCCAGGAGGGACUUGGAAAUUGCUACACCUUCCGUUCUCUUCCAUCUCUCAGAUAUGCUCCUAUACUAGCUUUUUGCUCCACUUUUAGCCAGAAGGGGUAGGAAUGGUGUCCCUAUCCAUUAUUUGUCAGGGGCUGGAAAUGGAU